AUGGAGUUGCUCUUAUUCAAACCAGAAGAGCACCAACGUCUGUACAACUGCAACUUUUACGACCCAAACAUUGUACCGAUCGAAGACCGACGUCAGCGACUUUUAGGUACAGUAAUCUUUCCAUCCGGAGCCACCUCCUUCAUACUGUACAUACUGUGUGUUUGUGCAAUGUUGAACAGAGAUAAUCGAAAACGAGCCAGUUACAAGCUCAUGCUACUGCUGUCCUUCUUCCACUUGUACGGUAUUACGUUAAGUGGCAUUUUCACGGCGUACUUUUAUUUCUACGGCACGGUGUAUUGCGAGCUACCCACGUUGAUUUAUAUCAUGGGCGGGUAUGGCACAGGUAUGCUCCUAUGUGUAUGAACGUUGUGUGGUCUUUUAUGAAAGGAGAUUAAAAAAAAGAAAUCGCAAAAUUUAAAAAAAAGCUACAUAUGUUUGUUACCUAAAAUUUUGAGUCUCUUCUUUCUAUUGCCAAUAUAUUAAUUUAGCACUAUGCAGAUGGACCAUUUCAAAACCAUUCAAAAAGUGUUGAAAAAACGUCUAAAAAAUGCCAAAUUGUGUUCAAAAAUAGUUUUUUGAGACUAAAGAACAGUUUUUAUCGUACGUUUAAAGGUUAGAGACCCAAAAUCAUGUAAAGGAACGAAAUGCCAAAUUUGGCGGGAUUUUGAAAAUUUGAAUUUAAUGUUAAAAUCUAGCGAUUUUUAGAUUUUCGGAACUUCUUGAUAUUAAAAAACAUGUUUUUAGUUAAAAAAUGGCAAAAUUGACGCUUGCAACACAAUGCCAAAUUUGGCGGGAUUUUGGAAAUUUGAAUUUUUCUUGAAAAAUUUGUCGUUUCUUUAAUUUUAAAGACUAUAGUCCUAAAAUAUAGUUAAACAAAUUUUUAUAUGAUUUACAUUGAAAAAAUUUUUUUAAAUUUUGCAAUUUUAGCCACAUGGAUUGGCGGCACCAUUGCCGGCUCUCUCCUCAGUUUCAACCGUUGUUGUGAAAUGUACAGUAGCCACGUGGCAGAUACGUUAUUCGGUGGUAAAAAAGUCUACAUAUGGAUGUCCGGCCCACUAAUAAUCUGGUUAUACUGCUUUAUCUUUACCAAGCCACUAUUGUUCAAUGGUAUUGCCAUGUCAUGGUACUUCAAUCCUCAUUACAAAUACUUUGAAGAUACGCAAGGUAUCUAUGUUAAUACCAUGCACACACUGAAUAAUACUGUAACUUUGUUGACUCAGUUGAUGCUCAGUAUGAGCUUUGUGGUACUGUACUUUUCCAGGAUCAAAGGAAGAGCUACCAAGAUGAGCAAGAAUGACAAAUUAGUAAAUUUUUUAAAAUUUUUGUGUUUUAUAGGGCGCAGUUAACUCUACUUUUCUAUAAAUUGUAAAAAAAUGAAAUUUAAGAGCGCAAGUCGUAUUUUACCAAAAAUAAAAAAUUUUUAAAAUUUGAAAAUUAAUAUCAGGCGCAGCUCGCCAACACAAAUUAAAAAAAAGGUUUUUUUUAACUAUUAAAUUUUAAGAAACAAAUUUUACAUAAAACCUUUUUAAAAUUGGAUAUUACAGAUGUGCUUACAAGUCUUUAUCAUUGGUUUGUUUGAAAUCACGGCUGGCGUGACGUUUUUACUACAACAACGAUUCCAAUUGAGUGUAGCUUUGACCAUGUUGGCUGGGGUUUGCUACUUUUGCUCUCAAGGUAAUUUAUAGCAUUUUUGCUUAUUAUUACAGAGUUUUGUAUUUUUAAAUUUUUUUUUGUUUGUUUUUGUUGUUUUUUUAGAUAUUUUUUUAGUGUAUUUUUAAUUUUUUUAGUAUUUUUUUGUUUUUUUAAUUUAUUUUUGAAAAUUUUUUUUUUUAGAUUUUUUAAAAUUUUAAGAAUUUAUUUCCUUUUUUUAAUUUUAUUGCCAAAAGUCAAAAAAAAUUUUUAAAAAAAAUUUACAGCUUGUGCCCCCUACGUUUACCUAACAUUUAACCGCACUAUACGAAACCUGGUUUUGGAUAUGUUUGUGCCAUGUUAUAAACGACACUCUCAAGUAUCGACGACGCAUUCUCAAGCCAAGCCAAGUACUGGCUCUACUGCGCAAAUCAGUAGUAAAGGAGCAUGA